GGCCGGACGUAACGCGUGUCAGGUAUGCGGUGCUUGUUUGUCGUUGUUUGCAGUCGACAAAAAGAGAGAGAGAGAGACGCAGUAGCGUAACAACCCGCAAUAGAAAAACGCAAUGACUUUUCUCCUCACUCACAUUUUGCGCGUAACACCCUCUCCCGUUUUCUCCACUCCACUGAAUCCCGCUACCUGCACCGCCUCCGUUCGGCAGCGGCCUGGACAUGUCCCGAACAGCGACUGACUUCAUGUUCCCGCACGAUGCGAAGUCUCUGCCCGGUUCUACAUGUUAUUCCCAACGGGAAUGGUGACGCUUUAGCGUUACAUCGGCGAUGCUAGUCGGCAAAAGUGCAGUUUUUGCCUACUCAUUUUGAUAUUGGAACUCAUACACUCAAUCACUCAAGCACUGCAUCGCCAAACGUGUACGGCGACAUUGUCCCACCAUUUCGGCCAGCGGGAACCGAACCAGGCGGAAAACUGUAAGCAAGAUCUGAACCGAGUUGUGCGCCAUGGCGGCUACCGCACGAGAAUGAAGAUGCCUUUGAGGAAUUCCUGGUGGCACUGGCCUUGCCGGACAUUCCACGUGCUUCGGCGAUGAGGAGGCUACAGCACGACUGAGGCUGCGGGAUGAAGGAAAAGUCCAAGAACGCGGCCCGCUCCCGACGAGAGAAGGAGAACGCGGAGUUCGGGGAGCUGGGCCAGCUCCUGCCGCUGCCGGCGGCCAUCACCAGCCAGCUCGACAAGGCGUCCGUCAUCAGGCUCACCAGUUCGUACCUGAAGAUGAGGGACCUGUUCCCGGACGGCCUGGGCGACAGCUGGGGAUCGUGUCCUCCGGUCAUCUCCAGUCGUGAGGGGGCUAUAAAAGAACUGGGAUCGCAUUUGCUUCAGCAGACCCUUGAUGGCUUCGUGUUCGUGGUGGCGCCCGAUGGCAAGAUCAUGUACAUCUCAGAGACGGCAUCGGUGCACCUUGGACUCUCGCAGGUGGAACUGACGGGCAACAGCAUCUACGAGUACAUCCACCCGGCCGACCACGACGAGAUGACGGCCGUACUUACGCUUCAGAGUGCACUGCCGCAUCCACACAGCGCCCAGGAGCUGGAGGUGGACCGUUCCUUCUUCGUGCGCAUGAAGUGCGUGCUGGCCAAGCGCAACGCGGGUCUCACGGCGGGCGGCUACAAGGUGAUCCACUGCAGCGGCUACGUCAAGGUGCGCCACUACUCCAUGGACGCGGCGCCCUACGACGGAUGCUACCAGAACCUCGGCCUCGUCGCCGUCGGACACUCCCUGCCGCCGUCCGCCAUCACCGAGAUCAAGAUGUACGCCAACAUGUUCAUGUUCCGCGCGUCGCUCGACCUCAAGCUCAUCUUCCUCGACGCAAGAGUGGCACCAUUGACGGGUUACGAGCCUCAGGACCUCAUCGAAAAGACACUCUACCACUACAUACAUGGCUUCGACUGUCUGCACAUACGUUACUCGCACCACACACUGCUUCUCAAGGGCCAGGUAACCACCAAGUAUUACCGGUUCCUCUCCAAGGAGGGCGGCUGGGUGUGGAUGCAGAGCUACGCAACCAUUGUGCAUAACAGCCGCUCAUCAAGGCCUCACUGCAUCGUCAGCGUCAACUACGUCCUCAGUGAGCCUCAAGCCCAGGACAUCCAACUGCAGAUACAUCAGACUAGGACGAAACCAUCACCCUGUACCAGCUAUUCCAGCGCUGAAGUCGUUCCAGCAACAGUGACACCAUGUACUAGCAAACCCGCGCCGAAUAAGGUGAAGUCGUCCAAGGGGAAAUGUCGCAGGUCGCCCUACUACUGCAACGUCGCUGCUGCCGAGGCCUGCUCAAACGGAGGUAGCACUUCAGGUCCCGGCGGUCAGCAGUCCUACGAACCGGCGGCAGCUGCACCAUAUGGCGGCGAAUUCCUGUCAGCCUACGUGCUUCCUUUUGCCGAAGACCGCUGGGUUGGCCCAUACGGCUUGCCCCAAGCCGAUGCCACUUCCGGCUGCUGCUCCCAGCCGACAAGGUCCACGACAGCAACGACUUCCAGCUACGCAACGAUACCUGAAGAGCGCUACAUGACUAGAACGGACAUGGACAGCUAUCCAGGCUAUGCAGAUUGCAGCGGCACCCUCGGAAUAGACACGAAUGAAGACAAUGGCGCGAAUGGGUCUACGUCACGGCCGGGUUCCUUACUGCAAUGCGCCGACAUUUACGCAGUCAAAGAGGGCACCCUGUCGUCAUCGUCCUGUUCUCGGAGUAGUGGGUCGACCCACGACCUGGUCGCCAGCCCCGCGAGCUCCUCCCUCUUUCAGCACAGGCCUUACAGCACCCACUCUGAUUCUACGCUGUCAGAAUCGGAUCUGGAAGGUAUCCAAGCGCUGCCUCAUGUUCCGCAGGCGCCGUCUUCUACGAGGAGAUCGCCCUGCUCCAGCAGGAGUGCUUUCGAUGGUUCUCCCGUAGCGGCGAACGCGAAGUCCGAAUCCGAAACGCCUACGCCGGUGGUGCUCCCGCUAGAAGACACCGGCCACUCGGGUGGUGGCGUGCCUCUCCAACCCACGACGAGCUACCAGAGUGCAGUGGUCGAAGGCCAACCAUCGCCGAGUGGUGACCUACUCAAGACUUCCGUCGACGCGUACGAGGCGCUCGAGCCUCCGGUGGACGUAUUCUCUCUGUAUAGUCAGAGACUUGUGGGAGCAGAUUACGACAGCACUGCGCGUUUUUUGCUGCCUUCGUGCGAACGUGCACAGGUUCCGCACAUGACCUACCGGCACGAUACAUCAGCGUCACCUGCAACGUCAUUUGCCGGCGCUUCAAACAGACAAACACCAGGAUACACCAGUGUCAUUGUGGACGCGCAGCAGUACCACGUGUCGAAUGGAUUUGUGCACUAAGACCUAGGCAACGUGUACGAGUUCGUGAAAGGAAUGUGUGUACAGUACUUCAAGCUACGAGUGAAUUUAUUUGUACACAUGUACAGGAUAUGUGUUUUCAGUGAUGUCGGUAUACGCGAAGACAGACAUUUCAGCGUAUAAUGGCAAGAUUGGUGCUUGGUACCGACUCAGGUUUACUUGUGUGCAUGAAAAAGCAAGCUAUGGCUAGAAAAUGUACCUGUUUUCGUCAAGGCUACGUCACGUAAACGCAUGGUCAUUCAAAGCAUGCGCAAGCAAGCCUGGCUUUCACAAGAAAUAUCUGUAAGUUGCUGUAUGUUUCGCAGUGAUGAAA